CAAUGGGAGGAAAAGGAGAUGGAAGCAGGAAAAUGGCAGCGGCGUUGGCAGCGGCGGCUUUAGCGGCAUCUCCGGGCAGCGGCGUCUCGCGGCAGGGCUCGCCGUCCCCAGCCUGCUUCCCCGCGCUGCUCCUGCUUGCGGCUCUUUCGUCCCUGCUCCAGGUUUCAGCUGUGGAGGUAUACACGCCGACAGACUUUCCUGUGGAGAAUGGGACUGAGGCAAAGCUUCCAUGCACUUUUACUUCCACAGAAGUGAUCAGCAGUUCAGCUUCUGUCACCUGGAGUUUCCAAGGCGAGGGAUCAACAUCUCCUGUCUCGUUCUUCUAUUAUUCCAAUGGACAAGCAUAUCCUGGAAAGAGUACACAAUUUGAUGACAGAAGCAACUGGGCUGGAGACCUUAACAAGAAAGAUGCAUCAAUCACUAUUGCAAACAUGCAAUUUCAAGACAAUGGAACCUAUAUCUGUGAUGUUAAAAACCCUCCAGAUAUAGUUGUUACACCAGGAAAAAUCAAAGUCAGGGUUAUGGAGAAAGGUAACUUGUAUGUAUUUCCUCUUACCCUUGUGUUAGGGGCAACCGGUGUUGGCAUUCUAGUUUUAGUUUUCGUCAUCAUACUUAUUGUGUGUGUUAUGAUCAGAAAGAAGAAUUCCAAAAAGCAUUAUUCUGGCUGCAGUACCUCUGAGAGCUUGAUGUCUCCAGUUAAGCAGGCUCCACGGAAGUCCCCCUCCGACACAGAGGUUUUGGUAAACAGCGGGCCCAUCCGAUCUCAUCAGGGACCAGUAAUUUAUGCACAAUUAGAUCACUCUGGAGGGCGUUACAGUGAUAGAAUCAACAAAUCAGAAUCUGUGGUCUAUGCUGAUAUUCGGAAGAAUUGAGGAGAUUACAAUCUAUCCAAAGCUUAACAGAAUUUCAAACUGGAAUCACUUGAAGAAAAUUGACCCAGAAAACUCAUAUGUGGCCUUUGAUGCCUAGGCUAAGACCAAUGCAUGUGCAUACAGAGAGAAAGAGAUUAUAUAUGAACUGUGUGUAAAUAGUCUAUUUAAUCAUACAGAAAUGAGAACAAUGUUGCAUGUUAAAAUAUGAUGAUAAUUCUGCUUAUAAAUGGCUAAUAGUUCAUUAUAUAUUUAGGAAAAGAGGAAAAAACAAACAUUCAUGUUACACCUUUAGGCAGCUUGUCAAUGUCAUAUGGGAAAACUGGAAAUACUUGGAUAUUCUAACGGAGUUGGUACUUUUUAUGUUACUUUUGAAAUGGAUACAAGAACUAUUCUGCAUGAUUUCUCUUAGUUAAUAUUUUUGCAUUUUUAACAGAUCUAAGUUUUCAUACAACUUAUGUCUUCUUCCACUCUAAUGUCCUCCUUUUCCAGGAGAAGUAAUAUUUACCUGCUUUAGUUUCAAUCUAAUGGAAGGCAAAAUUUUGUCUUCGAGGAAUUUACAGGCAGUCUCUCAUAAACAAACUUUGAGACAUAUAAAAGUUUUAAUCAAGUAAUUUUUAUAGUGCAACAUUAACAAAUAUCUUGAGAUGAUUUCAUGGCUCUUUUCUGGUUUCAGCAACAAAGAUGAAACUCAGUUACCUCUUUGAGCAAAAUAGGGUGCUAAUUUUGAUGUGCCUUUCUAUAAUCUAUAAAUCUCUUUACAAUAGUCUACUUCUAAAAGUUACAAAAGGCUGGUCGGUGUUGCAGUUGCAAAAACAAAUGGCUACAAUUUAAUCUUUUAUGGCAUUUCAUGAAAGGUACCCAUAUGUUGGGACAGUUUUACUGCCAUUAGUUCUUAAAUCUCGUUCAAAUUUACUUUGAAACUUAAAUAGCUAUGCUCCUCUACUGUGGAAGAAGUCUGUUCCGCUGCCUUUCAUCUUUAUGAUGUAAUUCCUAUCAUCUCUGAAUCUGCUCGCCCUCCCUCCCUCCCUCCCUCCACCUCAGUGUUUCAGGUACACUGGUGCUAUUAUUGAUUUCUUCUGAAGUACUUUACAUGUCUACAAUAUCUGCUCAUAUGGUUGUUCAGCUUUCUACAUGAAAAAUAAGUUUAAGUGUUCUUUUAAAAAAUGCAGCAUUGAAACAAGAGCUGGCAAAUAUUAAAUUGCUAGUCUGUGCAGCACACAAGAAGUGUUUUCUGUUACAUAUGUGUGAGUGUGAGGGAAAGACGCAGGAGCCAUGGAAUCAGAGAGUAAGAUGUUUAUUUGAAGA